GGAAUUUUCUAGUUUGGUCUUGAAAUGGAGCUCCCAUUGGAUCCGAGCUCCUCAUUGCCAUUUGGUAUCGUAGAAUCGUCUAUAGAGUCGUGCAGCACAGAGAGCGACGACGCGAGACGGCAAAUAGAUUUCUCUUCGGUCUACACAGUUGGCGAGAAGUUGGGUUCAGGAACAUUCGGAAACGUCCAUCGUUGCACUCAUCGAGUCACUAGAGAAGAGCGUGCAGUGAAAAUCAUUGAUCUUACGUCACUUACCCCUAACCAGAAAAAGCGUAGUAUAGAUGAGGCACGGAUCUGUGAAAUGUUGGAUCACGAGAAUGUUGUGAGACUAGACAGACUCUACCAGAAUGACUCAUCUCUACAUUUCAUUUUUGAGUUAGUCUCUGGCGGUGAGCUGUUUGAUGAGAUUGUAUUGAGAGAGCACUAUAGCGAGCAAAACGCCAGUGAUUGCAUGAGGCAAGUGCUGAGUGCUAUUUGUCAUUGCCACAAGCUUCGAGUUGUUCACAGGGAUUUGAAGCCAGAGAAUAUUCUUUUGGGUCACAAACCGAUUGGCAGAAAUGAUCCUGUUGUAGUGAAAGUAGCAGACUUUGGACUGGCCUUUCAGCUACCAGAUGGCUAUGACAAUGUUUCCAUGCCUAUUUGUGGGACACCCUACUAUAUUGCUCCAGAAACUCUCAGGCAUCGGCCAAUAGGGACAGCAGUUGACAUGUGGGCUUGUGGUGUCUUACUCUACAUUUUGUUGGCUGGGUAUCAUCCAGUUUGGGCAAAGCAACAAGCUGAUUUGUUUGAGAAAACAAAAGCUGGAGAGUAUGAGUUCAGAUCUCCGGAUUGGGACAAUGUGUCAGCAUCAGCAAAGUCACUGGUUAGGAGUAUGCUUACAGUGCAUCCUACGGCAAGAAUUACAGCCUCUGAAGCUCUUACUCAUCCAUGGAUUUGUAUGAGGCGGAAUAUUGCAAAGACCUUGCAUAGGAAGUCUACUUUGAAAAACUUGAAAAAUUUUAAUGCUCUUCGUAAAUUUCGCUGUGCUGUGUUGACAACAACAGUCGUGACUUCGUGGAAUAGGGGCAGGACAGUGAAAGAAGACAGAGUAGUAGAGACAGACCCUAAUCAAGGUAAUAAAAUUCAUGAUCUAACCAAAGUACGAGAGCAGCAGGGAACAGCAGAAUUUGCUAUGGAAGCAAGCAGUCAGCAACAAGGAGCCAUCAUGGUGAAUCGUCAGGACAGCAACAGCAGCAGAUGCAGUGAAUUACAGGUUGAAGGGACUGUUGCUUUUAACCAACCCUUUGCAGUUUUAGACACUCCAGAUGCAUUUCCAAGCGAUGAGGUUGGACGUCUUUGCAUGCCUACAGACUAUGAUGAUAAAGACUAUUUGGGUGGUGUCAAUGUUUCUAAGAGGCAAAAGACUGAAGACACAGAUGCUUUUAGCAAUUAAUACUAGGGACAGUCUAGGUGUACGUAGUAGCCCUGAUGUUGGUAUUGCUAUAUCUUAAUUUGCUAUUUGUACCUAUGAAAAGAAUCGACAUAGUGGAUUCUUGAAGGCGGUUGCCUAAUUGAAGGGCACAAGCUUGUAGUCAAUUAAUGUAUUAAUUGCGUUGUUUUGGGAAUUGGUGUAGAAUGACAUGAUUAUGUCUUGGUUGACUGUUUUGGUCAAGACAACAAUGGUGAAAUUAGGUCAGACUUAGCUGACAAAUGA